GUGUGUUUUCUGCAGGUGGACUUUGCCAACAGGUUUGUCGGGGGGGGAGUGACCGGUUCUGGUCUGGUUCAGGAGGAAAUCCGUUUCCUGAUAAACCCGGAGCUGAUCGCUGCUCGCCUCUUCACUGAAGCUCUGGAGGACAACGAGUGUCUGAUCAUCACAGGAACAGAGCAGUUCAGCAGAUACUCGGGAUACUCACACACCUACCGAUGGGACGGUAACCAUGACGACCAGACGCCAAGGGACGAGUGGCAGCGCAGGGUCACGGAGGUCGUCGCCAUCGACGCCCUGCAUUACAAGAACUUCCUGCAGCAGUUUCUCCCCGACAACAUGACCAGAGAACUCAACAAGGCCUUCUGUGGUUUCGCUCGUCCUGGAGUCGAGUCAGAGAAUCUGUCGGCCGUUGCGACGGGAAACUGGGGAUGUGGAGCGUUUGGAGGAGACACUCGUCUCAAAGCUGUUCUUCAGAUGAUGGCUGCAGCAGAAGCGGAGCGUGAUUUGAUGUACUUCACGUUUGGAGACGUGGAUCUGCUCAGAGACGUCCGGCGCAUCCACACACACUUCACACACCGUCACGCCAGCGUAGGAUCCGUGUUCAACAUGUUGCAGCAAUACUAUGAGCGUGUGAUUAAGGAAACAUCAAGAGCAAAACCUCAGGAAACACUUUACAGCUUCCUCUCUGAACACCUCUGACCUCCGACCCCAGCAGUUCUGACCCCUGACCCCAGCAU